GCAGAUUACCACUUUAAAUCAUAGGGAAAAUGUAGCUAAAAUAUGUAGAUUGGGUUUAGGGCAAAAAUCGUAACCUCUAUCUUCUCUCUCCCCCAGGUAUCUCUAAACUACUUGCAUGUGCCAUUCCUAUCGCUCAGAUCACCAUAGGUGCAAUGUACCUGUAUGACUGCCCCCGGCAGCACUACAUCCCCAUUUACCUGGUGGUAAUGGGGGCCUCCGUCCUGGCCCUAGCCCUGCUCUCCUGCCUACCAUGUGCCCAGGACUCAGAAGACAUGCCCCCCAACCUCCUGAACCAUCUCUGCACCACCUGGAGCACCCUGGCCUCCCUCUUCCUCUUAUGCUGGUUCAUCAGCGGUAACGUGUGGAUCUACUCCAUCUAUCAGCCCAAUUUCAACCAGACACUGACUGAGGACCCCUACUGCAACAAGACCCUGUACCUGUUUGCCUUCUGGACCACCACGCUAGCCUACGUUGUGCCGGGCCUUCUGCUGCUGGGGGGAUGCUGUAUGCUUGUCUGUGCCUUUAUACUGGGCAAGACGGACCCUGAUGACAACAGAGCAUGAGGGAGAGGAUGAGAAGAGGGGAGGAGAGGAGACAACAG